AUGGGACAGCGCGCUGCGAAUGCCACGGCCAAGAGCUUCAAAGUGGCCCAGCGAGAAGCGAAAAAAAGAGCCCAGGAAGAGAAGAAGAAGAACCAGAUGGAAGCGAAGCAGGCCGAGAAGCUCAGGAAGGUCAUGCAGACAUACGAGACCAACAAUCACAAGAAUGAGCGAGACUAUAUCGUCAGCAUGAUCGACUCCAACCCAGGGUGGGUCAGCAAGCUCGACAAAGUGAUUCGCCAGGGCGGACUGCGACUUCUCCUCGAGCUUGAGGCAAAGGAAGCCGCUGAGGAGAAUGUGGACCAUGGGGACAAGUGGAAGGGAAAGGCCAAGACCUUGCUCACAUUGCCGCCAGCGAUUAUGCAGCGAAUGGUGCUGGCCACCCUGAAGCAGGGGCAGUCACUCCACGAAUUGGAGAAGGACGACGAUUGGUGGAAGACAUGCUUUGCCUACCAGUUCCAUUGCGACGAGGAGACACCCCUGCCACAGCACACCCUCGUAAAGCACAUUUUGGUCUUGGAGCAGUUUGGCAAAGCAAGAGUGCAAGCAUUGGGUCACAAUCGCUUGGAGGACAACCCAAAGAAGCUUGAGCUCAUGGAGACCAGGGACUUCAUUUUCUGGAGGAUGGUCGAGACACAGCAUGAGGAUGAGACCAAGACAAGCAAGCUCGUUUGUGCCCUCACCGACAAGGCUCACGAUUUGCCACGACUGAAUAGUGACCAGGGGCCCUGGCGACUGAGCGAUGCUUGGAGCCCAGCAGCCCUGGUGAUUGCCUCGAACUGCCCACUUCAGUUCAAGGCUGCAGAUUACUUCCACGAAUUGGCCAGCUCCAGCGAGAAAUGGAAGUAUGAGGUGGAUGCUGAGGCAGCUGCGAGAGCAGCAAAUGCCUACUUCAGUCGCCUCCAUUCUGAGGCGCUCUGUGUUUGCAAGGAGAUAGAUGGCUACAAGUUGGCGUUUUACCUAGAACAUGUCAGCAUCGAUCCUGGCAAGUGCGAUGGCAAAAAAGAAGCUGCUUUCAGUCUGAUGCUGACUUCAGGAAUUGCUGCCAUGCUGACUGCAGCUUUCGGUUAG